AUGAUAGGGAGAUUACUCACAUGGAAAGAAAGGGAGAACAUUAAGAGGAGAGAACAGAGAAGAAGAGCCAUAGCUGCAAACAUAUACUCUAGACUCCGAGCUCAAGGAAAUUAUAAGCUCCCCAAAUAUUUCGACAAUAACGAGGUCUUGAAAGCUCUUUGUGCCGAGGCUGGUUGGAUCGUUGAAGAAGAUGGCACCACUUACCGCAAGGGAUGCAAGCCACCUCUGUUGGAGCUCGGAGCGACUUCGACCAACAUCAGUUCAUGUUCAUCUAUUCAACCCAGUCCAGAGUCUUCAUCUUUCCCAAGCCCCGAACCUUUCUACCAUACGAGUCCCUCAUCUUCCUUAUGCUCGAGUCUAACUCGUUUCGAUUCAAAUACCUCGACUCACCUCCUUCCAUUCCUCCGCAACAUUGUAGCCAUAUCCAGCAGCGCUCCACUGACCUCGCCACUUUCUUCCCACACUAGAGGAUCUAAGUUCAAAUCUGACUGGGACUCCCUAAGAGCAACUCUAACACGGAUGACUGGGCAACGACGGGUGGGCUGGAGAAGACCGACUGGUCGAAUGCACCAUUCAUAG